ACACAGCAAUGGUUCCUGGCUCACCGCCGCUGCUCUGCGGGAAAGUGUCCCGAGACAUCAAGCAGGAGCUGGACAAACUGAGUGGGGACAUCCGGUCCAAGAAGCUGCGCUGGUUGUCUGAGUGCUUCUCGCCUCCAGGGGGCAGCAGUAACCUGUGGGACCUGGUGUUUGUCAUCAACGGUCAGGACGACUCUCUGCUGCCGUCCAGCUACAGCAAGGGUCUGAUGCACAUGAAACAUCUGGUCAAGUUUAAAACUUCUGAGGCCCAGGAGCUGACGAUAGUAAAAAUGUCGAAGUUCGGAGGAGGAAUCGGAGCUCCCAGUAAGGAGGAGCGUCUGAAGGAGGCAGCAGAUAUUCACCUGAGACUGGGACAGAUCCAGAGAUACUGUGAGCUGAUGGUGGAGCUGGGACAGUGGGAGAAGGCUUUAUCUGUUGCUCCAGGAGUCUCCAUGAAGUACUGGAAGAAACUCAUGCAGAGGCGAGCCGAUCAAYUGAUGGCUGAAGAUAACGAUGACGCCAUCCCGUACUGCAUCGCCACUGGAGACAUUAAGAAACUGGUGACGUUCUUCAGCAGCAGGGGGCAGCUGCUGGAGGCCUUACUGAUCGCACAGGGAGCCUGUGAGGGAAACAUCCGUUCUCCACAAACUGCAGUCAACCACACAACCAACGAUGUGGAGAACAGACAGCAGUACCACAGGGAGCUCUCAGCAGACCUGCUGCAGAUGGUUCCAGACAACCACAUCUUAUUGGUUCAGCUUUGUGCGUUUUACCCAGGAAGUUCUGCAGAACUGGACCGGUUCCACCACAGGUGCGGCCUGCCGUCCACAGAGGAGUGCAGGACRUUAGCAGAAGAAGCUGUGAGCCAAGGUGAUCUGUUCUCUGCUGUGAAGUUCCACCUGCUGAGCUCCGAGCCUGAAAACGCCCUGCAGCUCGGCAUCAGACACAUCAAAGAACAGCUGUCAGGAUCUGAUUGGACUGUGGACAUGCUUCAUCCCAUCCUGGACCUGAUGAGUUUCAUCAGAACGGACCACCUGAUCCAGUCCAGACUGACUGAAGCCCGCAGUGAGCUGCUCAUCCUGUGUGGGUACAUCGGAGCUCUGCUGGCCAUCAGGAGGAGUUACUGCAGCAUCGUACCUGCUCUAUACGAGUACACCAGUCCAUCAGAGAGUCAGAGAAAAGAGUUCUGCUGCCUGGAGAGGAGGAUCCAGCCAUCGGAACCAGCGGCGCCGGUCCUGCACGGCGCUGAUUACGUGACGGGUUCUAACCUACCGAGCCACUCGGACCUGCAGCUGUCCUGCUUCACCGGACACAGAAUCCAGGGUCCUGUCUUUGUCCUGGAGGACAACAAGUCCUCCAUCUCCCUGAACGAUGCUCUGAUGUGGGCCAAGGUCAACCCUUUCUCCCCACUGGGGACUGGAGUCCGGAUCAACCCGUUCUGACAGAACCACAGGCGGUAUGACCCGAACCUGAACCACCAGACCUGAACUUGAACCACCAGACCCGAACCUGAACCACCAGACCCGAACCUGAACCACCAGACCUGAACCUGAACCACCAGACCUGAACCUGAACCACCAGACCUGAACCUGAACCACCAGAC